AUGCUGAGACACGGGAAGUUGCACCGCCACCGCGUGCACACGCCGACCGACUCGGUGCAUGACAGCUUGCCCUCGACGCCAAGCACAUCAGUGCCGCCGUCCCCGACCUCGCCCAACAAGCCUGAAACCCAGCGAGACUCGUACUUCCCACCGCCUUCUCUGCCUCCGUCCCCCGCUUCUUCCCCGUCUCCCCGCAUCAACACCAACCCAGGCAAACGCUCCCAUGCCCGUUCCUACAUCUCCGCCGGCCCCCAUCCUCCCUUGUCACGACUCACCCACCUCCUGACUCUGCACCUGAACGUCCAGCAGUCCAUCGCCUCAGAGCAAGAGCACAUGCUCAGCGUCCUGGAGAUCAAGUCCCGGCGGCGCGCCUGGUCAAACGGCGUCCGCGUCGGCAUCCUGGGCUCGCAAGGCCACAUGGGCGCAGCGGGGCUCGGGCUGAGCAUGCCAGUGCGGAGCAGCCCGCUCGCGCGCUGCGUCCCGGUCGUCGCCGGGGACGAGUGGAUAUCCGUCUGGGACGACGACGAGGAUGACGAUCGGGUCAACCGGCCGCUCAGCCCGACGUUCGGCGGGAGCGGCGAGCUGGAGAUCGUCAGCCGGGAGAGCGACCUCGCGUGCUUGUUCCCGGUGACGGAGGAUGACGACGAGGAGGCCAUGGAGGACGUGCCGCUGGGCGAGUGGAAGCCGCGCCAGCGCCAGGACUCGGACCCGGACGACCCGCAGGAUCAUCCGUGGGUCGAGGAGGACAGCCAGGCGCCCGAGCUCGCGGAUAUGGAGGCUGGGCUGAUCCCGCCUCAUCGGAUCCCCAGCCCCCCGCCGCCGCACGUUCCCAGGCGACGGACGAAGAGCAUGCGCGCGACCAUCCCGCCCCACCCGCUUCCGCUCGACACGCCCGCUCCCUUUUUAACCUCAAUCUCGGCGCCGGACCAGCUCGGCCUCCUCGACCACGACCGGCCUGUUCUCCAGCGCCUGUCCCCGAAUUCGCUGCUGUGCCAGCCGCUCGCGCAGAAGCACGCGUUAAUUGGCGAUGUGGCGGGGGAGUUCACGCUCGCGAUGGACUUGCCCCGGAAGGUGAAAGUCCAGGGCGGCGGGAGGUACGAGGAUGAAGACUGGUUGACUAUGAGAUCGAGCGACGCCCUCUCGCGCUGCUGA